GGGGCCGGGGUCGGAGCCGGAGCGCGCCUCGCCAGGCGGGAAGGCAACCGCCGCGGCCCCGCCCCAACUCCUCCCCCGCGUCCCGGAAGCGCUUCUGCCUGGCGGCCCGGAAGUGGUGGCGGGGGGGCUCGCCGGGGCGGCUCAGGGGGACACCGGCGUUAUGUUUCUAACGGCGGCGGCUUUGGCCAAGAGCAAAUCUAAAAUCAGCCCCCAACAGAGCCAGUAGCAACCACUUUCUGGGUUUGAAAAGAUUCUUCUGUUACAGGAUUUCUGCAUAAUUGUCAGAGUUUGAAAUUAAGAAAGUGCUUCCCAAAUAUGUACCUGACAGGGAAGAGAGCAGGUUGACAUCUCAGUGUUCUACUGUUACCUGUUAGCAGAAACAAACACAGCAAUGCAGGAUGUUUCCGUGAGAUACAUUCUGGUGAGGAUGAAAAGUGCAGCUGAGACAGGCUACUGUUUCAACAUCAGGAGACUCCGACUGCAAGAAAAACUGGUCCUGCUGAGAUACGAUCCCAUCGCAAAACAACGUGUCCUCUUCACGGAGAAGAGAAAAAUCUGCUCUCUCUGAACAAUGACUGGACGUGAUUUAUGCAUGAGGAGAGGAUGGUUUGGGGGGAGGAUGGGGUGAACGCUGAUUCAGAAAUCAAGCAACAUGGGCCGAAAAGAGAGGAAAUGAACUGGGAUCACCGUCUCCUGUGAUUUGAAGGCCAUUGUGAAUAAAACAAUGUAGAGAGAGAAAAUUCUUAAUGUCUGGACAUAGAUCAUCACAGUAACAUUUAUUUAUCUUUUGAGUUAUUUUUACAGUACUCAAUUAAAAAAUAUUAAAUAGCAAA